UGUAAUUUAAGCGUAUAUUGCACCUGUUCUCAACCGCAUGCAUUGGGGGUUAAUCAGUUGUAAUACCUAUUAUACAACAAUAAAGAUAGUGUGACUCAAUAAUAAUAUAAUAUAUUAUUGUUGUUCACUGUUGUUGACAUUUUAGAAUAAUUCAGAGUUGUAUCGUCUGUUCAUUUUUUUCUUGUUUUUAAAGUAGAAACACAGAAUAAUUUCAAAACGGCUUUUUUUUAUGUUGUUGUUCCAUAAAUCUUCUGUAUAUAGAUUAUUAAUUUUUUUAGUAAAUAAAAUGUGACGGUUCCGCGUUUUGUUGUGUUAAUAUUAUUGACAACAGUCUUACUUGGUAUAUUAUUAUAGUACAAUAAUAAUAUUAGGUAAUUUUUUUCUACGGAGAUGUUGGCGAAGAAGAACGGACGUGGAGAAUCGACUGUUAACAGUAGUAAUUACUCAUAAACCGGGUAAUUCACAGCGAUGUCAUGGAAUUUUGCAAAUAUUUGCUGCUCACGAUAUUCAUGUUUCAAAUGGUUUCAGUUGGAGCACGACAAGCAUUUGAUUUCCUCGGUUUUAUGUGGGGAUCGGUUUUAGCUAAUUUCUUUGAGCUUUUGUUCAUCAUAUUUGGCAUUUUCGGUGUUAUACAAUCGGACGUUUUAUAUCUCUUAUCGUAUUCAGCAUGGAGUAUCGUUUGGUGUAUUUGGAACGUAUUCGUAGUGAUGUAUUACUUGGAUUUCAAGAUUGCCAGUUACGAUGUGAUGAGUCUCGGUGCAGAAAGCGUCAGCUGGUGGGAGUCUAAUGGCCCCGGCUGUAAAAUAUUUUUUUAUCCUAAUCAUACCGGUAUCGAAGAAGACGCCAUCAAACCUAUUCGGCCAGAUUUGAUCACUGGAUGUGUUGUGGACUAUCAAAAAGUUGAAACUCUUCAAGCGUCCUUACAAAUUCUUUUAGCUAUUUGUGGUAUUUUGUGCAGUUUAUAUGUUAGUUGCUGUUCGAAGACCAGAGACGAUGGAAUUUACUAUAAGAGCAAACAGCAAAGCACUAUUACGCCAAUUUACUCGAUUGAAUAUAGCUCACGGAGGGGAGACGAAAUUGACGUGAUCAGUACCAAUACCGAAAGCGAUGAAGGGGAUUUAGAUGCUCAAAAUUCUCACAACAAACCCAUGACCCCUAGAAGGGUAAAACGAAGAAGUGUAACGUCACGAGGAACACUUCCUCCUCCUCAUCAAGCUCCGCCGCCAUACCUUAGACGACAGUCGAGUUCAAAUUACUCUAGCCGCAGACAUAAGAAUCCGGUUUCUAGACUUAUACAACAACAGUAUUCUAAUAAUGGUUUGAACGAUUCGUCAACAUCGAAUGAUUCCACCCAUCCUUUGUAUCCCGAAUGCCGGGUACAAUUAAGGAACGUCAACAGGGGUAUUGUUAAUCCAGCGUUGGACACAGAGUCAGAAAGGCCAACAUCGGCUCGUUCGACUUAUUCAAAUUUUCAUGGAGCUCGCGGACGACCCAGGCAAGUGCCUACUCAUUCGACUUUUUUCGCUCCGUCAGAACAGCCACCUCCUGCGUAUCGAAGUAACGUUUCGGUCAAUUCUGAAACGGUUAUUUGAGAACAAUCAUUUUAAUAAUACUACUUAUAUAGUUAAGUAGAUGCAAUUUUCAGAUCUCAUUUUUUAUCUAGAAUAGUAUCAAUGUGCCCAAUAAAUAACUUAUAUUGUUUGACCAAAUUGAUAACUUUAUUCUAACGUUUUCAGUAUUAAAAAAAAAAAAAAAAACCAAUUAGGAAAUAAUCUUUUUUGUAUUAUUACGAUAUAUCUUAUAUCACGGAAGUAAUAUCAAAGAUGAAUUUAAAUUGGAAUUUUUUUUUUUUUUUGUAAUCUAGUACCUUAAUUUAUUUUAAGUUUUAAACAAAUAUUUGAUUUAGUAAUACUUGCAAAAAUAAUAAAAUUUGCCAAUGUAUUAUACUAUGUGUAAUAACUGUAAAUAAUAAAUGUAAAAUAGAAUUUUUUUUUUUGUUUUAUACCAAUGACAAUAUUGUACUC